CUAAAAACAAGGAUUAUAAUAAUUAUCCCAUGGAUUUUCUAAACUGUUGGCUGCUGUUGCUGCUGCAGCAACCACUCCAUGAUGAGGCUCACCCCCAGUGUUAUUUGGCUAAGUCUUCCCCUUGUCACUUUGAAUGCAUCCCGGGCUUCCCUCGGAUCGAUCGCUGGUAGGGAUCAAUUGUUCCAGAAGAAACCGCCUUUCAUCCAUCAAACGCCCCCGGGCAGUUGUAAUCGAGAUACAUACACCAUACACCACACCUCACCUCAACAACACCCCCCGUCAUGCCAAAGUUAUGGUUACUACGAUGCCAGGCCGUCAAAGAACAGGGCACCCGCUACCUACCUACUAUUCUACCCCAUGGUAGAUAACUACGGUGCCGGCGGCGCAGAGAAGCUAUUACGGCAGCAGGCAGGUACCGCAGUGGAAAGGGGAAAACAGAAAAAGACAGAAAAAGAAAAAGAAAAAGGCUCGGGAGGAAGAUGGGGAGCUUCCACGCUGCCAACCGUCUGUAUUUCGAACCUCGAAUCCUUCCCUCCUCCCAAUUCCUCGUCUCCGAUCGACUCGGACGUUUCUCGCCCUCUUCCUUCCUCCCUCUACCUCGACCUCUCCGAAUUUCUCUACAUUGUCCCGGAGUCCGGGUUGUCUCUCUGCCGAGACAACCACGGCAAUGAUGCUACCACCAAGCCCGUUCAGAUUAUGCGGCUGAAUCUAGCUCAGGACACUCUUGAUGAGCUGAUCCAGAGCCUCCGGAACGAUCAGACUGCUCGAGUUCGCCUGGGAAAACAUGCGACUCUCUACUACGGCUCCAAAUCUCAACAAUUCCAUCCCCUCCCCGAGACGUGUCGAUCAGAGCUAUAUAGCGGCAGCUCUACGGACAAGGAAAACCUAUAUUUCAGCGGGGUUUUGAGCCAUAGCUUGGAGGUCCAGAAGGCGAAGGAGGAUACCGCGAGUGCCGAUAAGGCAUUGGCCGAUUUGGAGCAAAGCCUGAAUGCCUUCGAAAGAGGGAAAGAGUCGAAGAAGACCGCUAUAAUCACAAGCAUUGAUGAAGUGAGGGCUUUGCGGGCAGGCGACAGGCAUGGCACUGGAAAACAGACUGUUCGUCUGGGUCGUGCUCCGGCAAGCAAGGUGGAGCUGGAAAAGGAUCGAUUGCUUAAUGCCAAUCGCUCCGUUUCCUCGAGCCCGGCUCUGGGAGUUGCUCGAUCACCUGCAUCUAUACCUCCGCUUACACCUACCUCCGCUCCGCUCUCUCAAAACAAAGAUCGCAUUCGCCUUGAAGCUCUCAAGGUCCCCUUCAUUCACCUUCUCGCCGUCCGGGCGGUUUCCGCUAAAUUCCUCGCGCGACAAACCCGCGCGUCCCUCGAAGACUGCGAGACUCUGGCUCGGAAAUACGGCAUCGAAAACCGAAUCAAUCCGGAGAAGUUCGAUCUCAAAGAUAAGACCUAUCGAGAGCUUGAUGUGUGGAAAUUUCCCUAUCCCUCCCAGGAAGAUCGACAGGAGGCAAUUGAGAAUGCCAUCUCUGCAUUCGAUCGCCUGCGUAUUUCCCGGUCCGACAAGCUCUGGCAGAUGCUUCUUCCUAAGGAAGAACGCGGAAAGGGCAAGUGCUUAUCGCGCCUGGACUUGCGGACGGGCCCCAUCAAGAAAGCUGCGACACCUCGGAUACAAGUACAAACAUCUGAUGACAAUAGCAAGGACGGUUACACUACGGGUCAGGAGACCGAUAAGGCUAGUGGGAAUGGUCUAACACCAAGGACGGGUGAGCCGACGUCAGCUCCCAGAUCUGGGACGGUCGCGCAGAAGAAACGGCCCGGCGACAAGGAUACCGGUGCGAAACGGACUGCCGCAAAGAGCAAGGUUGCGGGUAACAGUACCUUGACGGGACGCGUCACCAAGAAGGCGGAGCAGAAGACGACCGCGAAACAACCGGAAGGCAAGUUCAAGUCGGCGGAAUUCGUUCAUGACUCGGAUGAGGACGACACCGACCUGCCAGAUGCAUCUUCAACUGAGAAGCCACAGCCUGCAAAGGCAAAGGCUGAACCUAAGCCGCAGACUAAACUGCAGAAGCCCAGCCCUCCCAGGGAACCCUCUCAUGCGCCGACCCCGAAGGUGGAGCAACCAGAAGCUACACCUAAAUCGGAGCCGAUCGACCAAGCGUCACAUCGGCCUAUGGCAGCAAAGAGGCCUCCUUCCUCGCGACCUCCUGCGCAGAAGUCCCCUCAGAAAUCCCCUCAAAAACCGUCGCCCCUCGGGUCCUCGCCCCCCACCAACGCCUCUGAUAUCCAAAAUCGCAGUCGUUCUUCAAGCCAAAACAAUUCUUCAAGUUCCUCGUCAUCGUCGCCCCUCAUAACUCAGGUCAACAAGCCCAGGCCUGUUGCGAGCGCGCCCACUGUGAGAAAAGUGGUCAAGACCAAUGGUGUAUCCAGACCGGCUGCAGUGACCAAUCCCCUGAAGCGCAAGGCAGAACUUGAGCGGCCUGCAGCGCUAGCUCAAGUUCCCGGACGUAUUGCCGGGGAUCUGGAACACAAACGGCGGCGAGCUGUAAGCACGUCCAGUGGCAGUACUGGAAGCGCCUCGCCGCCUCUCCGCCGUGAAAUUACCAUCCAGGAGUUGCACGACAAGUCCAAGAAGUUCAAGCGGUUCUACGCCAAGUACCACGCCUUACAUGACGCACUGGCCUCUCAGCAGAAUCCAUCGCGAGCCGACUUGGAGAAGCUCCAGAGGCAGCACACUAGUCUGCGGCGGAUGAAGGAGGAGAUAUGGGCCGAACAUCAGCAGCUCCGGGGUGGGCUCUAACGACAGAACAUGGCAUUUGCAUGAUUUGAUUCCAUUUAUCUUUAUCUAUUUCUCGACCCUUGUUUAUUAUGGUGUCUGGUCCCGGACAUUGACAGAACGGGGUUCCUGUUAUUAUUCCACGAUGUUGCUCCUUUUCGACUACCAUUGUGUCUGUUUUGUUUAGCAUGACGAAGCCGGAUAACAGAAAAAGUGCUUCGAGGCGUUUUAUGGGGCCAGGUGGAUGUUGUUGAUGCUUGAUAUUUUUUCCUUUUCUAUCUGGUUAAUUUCCUUAUCAUUUCCUUUGUUGAUUGGCAUAUUAUUGCAUUUUAUCACGCUGACAAAGAGCAUGCAUGUAAUGGGAAUGGGUACAUAUUAGAGGCCGGACUGUCAUGGAGGGCAAGAAGCAAGGACGCUGCAAGGAGUCUUCGAUACCGGGAGACGGACAUGAAACUAGAGACCAAUGAAAGACAAGAUUCAU